AUGGAGCAACAACCAAUUCUUAUCACAAUUGUUGGAGAUUAUACUCACGACAUAAUUCCAUUGGAAAAUUCUAUACCGAAAAAAUAUAGAUCAUUAGUUGAGCUUAGAAGUUUGAGCACGGAGCCCCACAAUGAGGAAAUAGAAGAAGAAGUAGAAGUGGUGAAAGAUGGGGAAGAAAAUGUUGCAAGAGGUGAGGAGGAACCAUCAAAGGUCAAAGAGCCCAAAAAGAAGAACCUUCUUGAAGAGCCUACACCAAUUCCUUUUCCAACAUUGGCUAAAAAGACAAAAAAGCAUGAAGGCCUUAACCCCAAUAUGGUGGAGAUUUUUAAGAAUGUGGAAGUUACCGUUCCUCUUUUUCAAGCCAUUCAACAAGUGCCAAAGUAUGCAAAAUUCCUCAAGGAUGUAUUCACCUAUAAGGACAAGAUUAGUGAGUUAAACAAGAGUCCGGUAAAUGACUCUAUCUCUUCUCUCAUUCCAGAAAAGUGUAAUGAUCCCAGUCCUUAUUUGGUGACUUAUGUGAUUAGCGGGAUGGAGUUCAUGGAUUGCAUGUGUGAUUUGGGCGCUUGUGUAAGCAUUAUGCCCCUCCUUAUCUAUGAGAAGUUGAACUUUUCACCAUUGAAGAGGUCCGGAGCAAGAUUUCUAUUGGCGGACAAGAGCAUUGUGUCGGUUGUAGGUAUUGCGGAGAAUGUUUUGAUCAAUAUCCAAGGGUUUCUCUUACCGGUAGACUUUCAUAUCUUGGAAACCCCUCCAAUUGAUUCAGUCAAGCCAUCCUCUAUUAUCCUUGGGAGACCAUUUUAA